AUGGAGGUGCCUCUCGUUAAUUUUGAAAACAUAGAUGAUGUGGGUAUCAACCUGGGUGACCCUAGUGACUCAGGAUACCCGACCUCACCCACCUCAGAGGCACCGGAUCAGAAUCUUCUUACACAUCGUCUUUCGUCGCCUCAUCAGUCGCCGCACAGAGGGAGACGGAGGCUCUUGUCUGGGCAUGAGGGGCUGUCCCCAACCUCCCCUACAACCCUGACCACCAAGGCUAGCUCCAGCCGCGGCAGCCUAAUGUCCAACCUGAAGCUGCUCAUUCACGGUGAGUCCCCUACAGAAAGUGCCUUCAGUAAGAUGGUCAAAGACUCCUACGAGAACGAAGAUCUCUUUGACAAACGAUGUUUGGAAGAACGAGACGAGAAAGUAAUCAUCAAUAUCUCAGGACUCGUGUUUGAGACCCAGCUCAGCACACUCAACAAGUUCCCUGAAACUCUUCUCGGCAACCCCACAAAGAGAAUAAGCUACUUUGAUCCAAUGAGGAAUGAGUACUUUUUUGAUCGAAACCGCCCAUCUUUUGAUGGUAUUCUUUACUACUAUCAGUCUGGAGGGAGACUGCGCAGACCGGCGAAUGUUUCUUUGGAUGUUUUUGCAAAUGAAAUACUUUUUUAUGAGCUGGGUCACGAGGCCAUCGAGCAAUUCAGAGAAGACGAGGGCUUCAUUAAAGAGCCUGAAGUUCUUCUACCCACCAACGAAGUCAAGCGACAGUUCUGGCUGUUGUUCGAAUACCCCGAAAGUUCCAGUGCAGCGAGAUCAGUGGCUCUCGUCUCUGUGUUUGUUAUUGUCAUCUCUAUUGUCAUCUUCUGCUUGGAGACUCUCCCAGAGUUCAGAGAUGACACUGACACAAUCGCAGGUGUUGUCCACUCCGUUAAUGGGACUCAGGACAGCUCCAAACAAGCUAAAGACAUCAUGGACUUUCUCACUGACCCCUUUUUUAUCGUGGAGACUAUUUGCAUAAUCUGGUUUUGCUUUGAAGUGGGUGUCCGUUUUGUGGUCUGCCCCAGCAAAAGUGAUUUUUUUAAUAACAUUAUGAAUGUUAUCGACAUAGUUUCGAUCAUUCCCUAUUUUGUAACAUUGGGAACCGAGCUGGCAGCGCCCCCAGAGGAAGACGAAGGGAACGCCAACCAGAACAUGUCACUGGCUUUCAUUCGAAUAAUCCGUCUUGUGAGAGUUUUUCGCAUAUUCAAGCUUUCACGACACUCUAAAGGACUCCAGAUUCUGGGGCAGACAUUGAAAGCCAGUAUGAGGGAAUUGGGACUUCUUAUUUUUUUUCUAUUCAUCGGAGUCAUCCUGUUCUCAAGUGCCAUCUACUUUGCAGAAGUGGAUGAACCUCAGACUCAGUUUGUGAGCAUCCCUGACGGCUUCUGGUGGGCAGUGGUGACGAUGACCACUGUGGGGUAUGGAGACAUGUGUCCGAUUACGAUGGGAGGCAAAAUGGUUGGCACCUUAUGUGCCAUUGCUGGUGUACUAACCAUUGCCCUGCCUGUGCCUGUCAUUGUCUCCAACUUUAACUAUUUCUACCAUCGUGAGACUGAGCAAGAGGAGAAGCAGAUGUUGGAUGCAGCAGCAGAGGCGGCUCAAAAGACGUCUGCGGCGAACAAAUACGGAAGCACUCCUUCUCUCAGUAAGAGUAAUGGGACCUGGCAGAAUGAGAAGAAUGGUAAGCACUGA